AAGCUACAGCGACAGUUCACGUGUGUGGCAAUGGAACAGCCGCUGCGAUGCAUUUGACGCUCUGCGCCAGGAUUACUCGAUUAUUGAGCAAAAUAGUUAUUUUUAAAACUGCCACAAGAGCAGUGCGCUGAAUUUAGAUCGGUGGCUGAACACAAGUAUGAGAUUAUAGCAAGGCUAUACUGCUUUUUCCAGUAUACACUGACACAUUUCCUGGGAAAUACCUCAUAACUUCAGAAGUUGAUAGAAUAUCCAAGAUGCAGACAAGAGAGUUCUUGGUUUCAGCACCAGGGAAAGUAAUUCUUCACGGUGAGCAUUCAGUCGUGCAUGGAAAGGUUGCUUUGGCUGUGAGUGUGAACCUGCGCACACACCUGCGGCUGCAGGCCACAUCAUCCGGUGACGUGCGCAUCAACCUCCCCAAUAUUGACACUUUUCUGUCCUGGGAAAUAACUGCACUGCAGCCUCUUCUGGCUGGGUGUAAAGCAGAGCAGGAUGGCCUGAAGGAACCUGAUGCAGAUCUUUUGAAGAGGCUACGUGAAUUCACAGGCAUUUCAGAUGAUUCCACAGACACAAGAAGCAUGGCAGUGUUGGCCUUCCUCUAUAUGUACCUGACUGUAUUUGCAGGGUCUCUGGCCAGUAUAACAGUGUCUGUGUGGUCAGAGUUGCCCACAGGAGCUGGUUUAGGCUCCAGUGCCGCCUAUAAUGUUUGUCUGUCUGCUGCUCUGCUGUCUGCCAGGGGAACCAUAUCGUCUCCUCUUACACCACAGCUGGAGUCAGCCAGGUGGAGUAAAGAGGAGCUGGAGCUGAUUAACAGGUGGGCGUUCAUGGGCGAGAAGAUCAUCCACGGUAACCCUUCAGGGGUGGAUAACGCUGUGGGCACAUGGGGGGGCUUUUUAAGAUACCAUGCUGGGAAUAUAACUCCACUAAGCUGGGUUCCUAUUCUGAGAAUCCUCCUGACUAACACCAAAGUACCACGUAGCACCAAAGUGCUUGUUUCUGGAGUGAAGGACAAAAUUAACAAGUUUCCCUCCAUAAUGAAUCCAAUUCUGGAGUCCAUCAGUGCUGUGUCCGUCACCUGUGAACAGACUCUCACAGAGAUGGCCGCGCACGGACCGUCGGCUGAUUACUACAACAUACUGGAGGAGCUGAUUGAUAUAAACCAGCACCAUCUGAACGUGAUGGGUGUGGGUCACUCAUCCCUGGACACACUGUGUAGGGUCACUCUGGCCAGAGGGCUGCAUAGCAAACUGACAGGAGCAGGAGGAGGAGGCUGUGGAAUCACUCUCCUACGACCAGAAACAGAUACUUCUAUGAUUCAGAGCACCAUUGAGGAGCUGAAGGCCUGUGGUUUCGACUGCUGGGAGACCAGUAUCGGCGCUCCUGGCGUCCAGCAGCACUCUUCAGCUGCACUCAGUCAGGAAAUACUGAAGAUCCUCAACAGCUACUGAGACACAAUGAAAACAUUGUACUAUAUGCACCAUUGUUACCGUUAACAAGGAUGUUCACUGCUGCCUUUACUCUGGAUCCUGGUUCGACAAACGUACCAGUAAUCAUACCGUAAUUUCUGGGGAAAAUUAUAUAAAACAUAACCUCAUUAUCUGCCUGAUUAUUAUUAUUUUUAUAUAUAUAUCUUUGUGUCAUUACAUUCAGAGUGCUUAUGCAUUAUGAAGUUUUAUAUGCCUCUAGAUGGCAGCAAAGUGUAAGUCAGAUUUAAUACUGUCAAUUUUAGGCAGAAUGCAUGAAGUGCAAAGAAUAUAUAAUUUAAUUAAAUCUGAAUACUAAAUUAAUUUAAAAAUAACAUCUAAUAAAUGACAGCCUUUUUUAUGGAAAGCUGUCAUGCACGAUAUUAUUAUUUCCUGGCUGUCUGUGUAUUCCUAGCAAAUGUAGUACAAUAAUCUCAUUUGCCAAAAUUUUUCUCAACACGGAUCACAUUUCUGACCAAAACUAGCACAGCUUGGAGCAUUUUGGACUGACUGGAGCCGUUGUAUUAGUGUCACUAAACCCAAAGUAAUUACUUUUCAGUUCUUUGCACUUUUUCCGGAUAUUUUGCACCGGAAUAGUUUUGAAGCCAAGGAGGGGAUGCAAGGACGCAUUUGGCUGUCGACCAGAUGCAGUCCAAGUUGAUCUGUGAAGCGCUGUGAUGAAAUAACGCUCUGCACUUAGAGAGGAACACAUUUCCCCACAGUCUCAGGAGAGGGGUGUAAUUUUAGUGGUGUUUUGUGAGGAACAGAUAAAGAGGGCUAUCUUCAGCACACAAGACCUGGAGCUAGAGAAUAGGAAAUGGAUUUGCUCUGAGAUGAAUGUGUUCCUGUAAACUGAAGGCCAGCAGAAGGACAGAGCCUCUUAUAAUUGAACAAGUCAACUUUGAGAAUACCCAGGGAGGUCAGAGACACCUUUAAAAGUGAGUGCUGUUGAUUUUGUAAAUUUGAAGCUGUCACCGUGCUUAAUCCAGGCACAAAGCCAUCAUUUCAGAAGUGAAGGGUACAUAAUGUGCAGACCAGUUUAGUUUUGUUUUUCCUUCUCUUUUGUCUAAAUUCGAUUUAGACUAAUAAAAUGUUUUGUUUUAGGCUA